CGCAAAUUUGUAUACUACAAAUUAUAAGUAAGUUCAAUAAACUUUUCUUCAUUAAUUCCUUAUCAUGAUUGCCAGCAGAGUAAAGUUCAUAAGACGUCAAGACGCGAGUUUUUCUUCAAAUUUUAACAGAAUUCGUUUCAGCAAAGGUCCUACAAUACAGGAAGAGGUCGCGAUGAAAAGAUAUAUUCUCUCAAUAUACUCGCUAAGCAACUUCCCUGACGUCAUUUUGCACCAAUGGCAAUGCAGUAUUGCAGGGUGGUUGCUUGUGUUCAAACAACAAGCCAUGUGAUUAAAAAAUAUUAGACGAAGCUACGACGAAUUCAGCGGCCAUAUUGUGAGAAUUUAAUCGCCAUAUUGUGGAGAAUUUCAUUCAGCAAGACUGAGAACGUUUGUUUUGCGUUUUCCUAUCGUAAGGCAUGAAUGGCGCAAAUGGCUCCCGCGCUUGCCUCCGAAGCAGCAAGAUUGAAGACCUUGUCUUGCGCGUUAAAGGAUCGUCCGGCCUGAUUAAGUCGGAUAGUACAAAUAACGAUAGGGCAAAUCUAACCUCUGGAAAUGUUGAUUCUGGCGAUGAACAAAACACUCGACCGAUUUCGGCUAAAGAAGAAACUCUUCUUUCGACGCCCACCGGAUCCCAAUAACAACAACAAAACAUGUGGUUCGGACUCGCUGGAGAAUCGAAGCAGUUGUCAGUCUUCGGAGGGUGAAUUGCAUGAAAAUCAGCGCGAAUCAGUAUAUUGUGCUGAGCCGUUGUCAAGAAAUUUGUUAGAGAAGAAAGUGACCAGUGUUGCCCAAAGUCAAACACGGCUUUCUCUCCGCUGUCGUAAACUCGAAAAAAGACUUCGCGUAUUGCAAUCGCGGCAACUGGAAAACCAUGUUACUGAACAACUGCAAACGUUUGCUUUAAAUCGUAGAAAGAGUCAGCAAAUUUAUUCUCAUAGCAAAGAGGAAACAAAGCACAAUGAAGUGUUGCCUUCGACCAAGAAGAAGACUAUCGAAACAACAAUAAACUCAGUGACAUGUAAUAGACAAGGGGCAAGCUUGUACGUCGAAAACGAUGGAAAUGCGGCCAGAACUUUGGUCUGUCAACUUGAACUUACGGAACAUGUAGGCGAUUCUGAUGCAACCGAAUGUAGUUCGGGAGGACUUGUACCCAUGCCUCCCCCCACUCCACCAUUGCCUAAUUUGAGUGUCGUAUUCAGUAACCCGUUGACUCAGUUUUAUGCCGAUCGGGGCAGCAUCGCGUCAAAAUGGACAUGGUUACGUUCGCAGGUCAUCGACAUUGAGCAGCAAUUGGAGAUAAUCCGAGAGACAGACAUCGUUGCUUCUAAAUUGAAUCAUUGUAACGACGAGGAAAGCACUAACGCUUUGUCUUCAGUCAAUAACUUUGUUUCCAAAACUUCUACCAAUUUGUUUGAAAAGGAUUUGCUGUUGAACAUGAAGAAAUCUACCAUCAAGUCACAAAUGAACGAUAUUGAUACUUGUACAGCUGCUAGAACAAGGUCAGUUAAAGAAUGGAGGAAGAGGAAACUUUUCCAUUUGUCAAAGCUUGAAAGAUCCAACUCAAGCUUGCUGUGCUCUUGUGAGGAUUUAUGUAUGCCUUGUGUAUUGUGUCGGCAAAGUCCACCCAGUUUGCCAAAGAUGAUGCCAAAGCAAAGCAUGAAGGAUCGAGUUGCUCUUGUUGACUUAGCUUUUCAUCCUGUGUUGUCAUUUGAUAAUGAGAUACCACUGUCACUACACUUUGGUUCUUUGUUAAAAAAAGGCAAUUUCCAGAGCAGAAUAUUCAAACUUAACGCUCCCAAUGAUCACAAAACCUUUGGAACAAAACGGAAAUAUGUUCGCUCUGCAAGUACUCCAGGUGUAACUAAGAAGAAAGAAGGAAAGGAAACGCUGGCAACGUCCUACAAAAAACAUGACAUACGAAAUCUUAGAGACAGAAAGAACAAGAAAAAGACCUCAAGUUCAGCAAAGAACGAUCGAAUUUUGAGGCAAAAAUCGUCAAAAGUGAACAAACGAUCUGCUGCAGUCAGUGCUGGUCUCAGAUUAUCUAACCAGUUGCAGAAACGCGCUCGUAGCUUGUCCCUGCCAUCUGGUAGCAGUAGACCGUCCAGUCCAAUGUCAAACACACCUAGUCCAACCACUUUUAAUAACGCGUUUGGUUCUGGGGCAUUUAAUGCUAAGAAAAAGAAACCCAAUAGCAAUGCAUUUGACAUCAACAAUAUUGUCAUUCCGUACUCCAUGGCCUCAACGACGAGGGUGGAGAAAUUGCAGUAUAAGGAGAUACUUACCCCGGCUUGGCGUGAAAUUACAAUAACACCCAAGGAGCAUGGAUUGGAAGAGGAUGACGAAAAUCUAGAAGAUCUAUCAAAUCUUUCGUUCGCACUAAGACAUUUAAAAUGCGAAGAGAAUGAGCGAAAGCGGUUUGUGGGUUUGGCCAUCAAGAAGAAAAAACGUCCGGCACGAAGUGAAGCAACUACCCCGGAGCCAGUAUCUCCGGGAUCACUUCUCUUUGAUGGACAUUUAACUGCAAAUCAUAAUUCAUCAGGUGCGCCGUCGCCUACAUCUACUAACCCAUCUCUUAGUAAUUCUCUAAAUGUAACUUCGCCGACUGGGCUUUCCGUUGCAUUAGUAAACAUGCUACCUUCAGAUCCUUUGAACAACAAAGUUGAACGAUCAGCGAAAAGUUCCAAACAGAACAGCAAUCGUAAACAUUCGUCAAUUGACAAUGAAGAUAGUUGUGAGGCUUGGCCAGUAAUUGAACCGUGGCCUUUAAGAACAUUUCCGCUUUCGGAUACAGAUUUCGAUCGUAUAAAUAACCCACCGACUCCAAAUGUGUUUUCUGUUCCCCCAUCACCUGUGUCGUCAAGAGCUACCAGUCCUAUUCACUCUCCAGUUGGUAGUCCUGACAGUACUACAGUGAACUCAAAUUGGACUGUAAAGUUACUCUCGACCGAGGCAGAAACGCCUGAUAAUACAGAAUUGGAUUCUAAACCACCUCGCAAAGGGAUUGUGCUGAAACUUGCCAAAAGAUGAAAGGCAAUACAGUCGCGCUUCGUAUCGUGCAAGCAGAAAGUACAAAAUCAUAGCAUCACGUCAGGUGUAACUUUUUGAAAUUUUUUCCAGCAGUCAUUGCCUCCGCUAAAUGCUUUAGGUAUACAUAGAUCGGUGCGAUGGACAUUUGUUAUAUGUAUAAUGGUUUUGUUAGCAUGUACAAAGAAGAAUAAAAAUAAAGUUAAGGUUUUUCGUAAGCCAUUAAACAUAUUUUCAAACACCGAACUUGCUAUGGCGUUGGACAUUUCGAUUCGUCAAUAUUAAAGUGCCGUGAUGAUUAACGCUCACUCGUCCACUUAUUGGCAGGGCUUUAGUUAAUCAAAUCCGUUUAAAACAACUGAAGAACUUUGUCCGAGUAAAACAAAAUCAUUCAUGUACGUUGUUUAUAUUUCAUUUAUUACUUGUAUUACAUAGUUGAUUCUUGAAUAAGCAAUGUUCAUUUGGAUGAUUUCACUAGCCAUAUUUAAAAAAACUGUGUUCUUGUUUAAAUGCCAUCCUUUUUCUCUGGCAAUAACAUUACCUUGGAUCUAUCAAUGACUGUAUUAAUACCGCUUUUA